UGGACACCAGGGGAAAGGUGCUGGGCCAGGGCCACGCUGGGCCAGGCUGCAGGCACGUGACUGCCCAGGGCCCCUGGCUGCCUGCCCCGGCCGCCCGGCGCCUCCGCCAGACCCUAUAAGGGCCGGCAAGUGGAGCCGCGCGGCCGCCAGCUGACGGGCCUUCGCUCCGCGGGACCCUCACGCAGCUCUGACCGCUACCAUGUCUGCUCGGGACGAAGGAGGCCGGGAUCCCCCCAAAUCUAAGGGCAAGGGCCUGAGCAACUUCUUCGGGUCCCUGCCUGGCUUCCGUUCUGCGCGGAACCUCAUCAGCAGCACCCACAGAGAUGCCCCUGCUGCCCACGCCCAGGCUCAGGGGGCCACUGGCCAGGAGCAGAUGUCCUGGGGCGUGGACCAGCUGUUGUCACCGGCAGACAAGAUGAUCUCUGGGGCCAAGGACCUGGUGAGCUCUGGGAUGACUAAGACCAAGGAUGCCGUCUCCUCUGGGGUGGCCAGCAUGGCGGACGGUGCCAAAGGCGUGGUGCAGGGAGGCCUUGACGUGACCCAGUCUGCACUCCAGGGGGCCAAGGAGGCUGCGACAAGUGGGGUCACAGGAGCAGUGGGCAUGGCCACAGGAGCUGUCCAGACCGGCGUGGACACCACCAAGACGGUUUUGACAGGCACCAAGGACACUGUGUGCAGUGGGGUGACUGGGGCUGUGAACAUGGCCAAGGGCACUGUCCAGACUGGCCUGGACACUACAAAGAAUGUCCUGAUGGGCACCAAGGACACCGUCAGUAGUGGGGUGACCGGGGCUGUGAAUGUGGCCAAAGGGGCUGUGCAGGGUGGACUGGAUACCUCCAAGGCCGUGCUGACGGGCACCAAGGACACAGUGACCGCUGGGCUCUCUGGGGCCAUGAAUGUUGCCAAGGGCACUGUCCAGACUGGCCUGGACACCAGUAAGACUGUCCUGACGGGCACCAAGGAUACAGUGACUGCUGGACUUACAGGAGCAAUGGGGAUGGCCAAGGGCACUGUCCAGACUGGCCUGGACACUACAAAGAACGUUCUGAUGGGCACCAAGGACACCGUCAGUAGUGGGGUGACCGGGGCUGUGAAUGUGGCCAAAGGGGCUGUGCAGGGUGGACUGGACACCUCCAAGGCCGUGCUGACAGGCACCAAGGACACAGUGACCGCCGGGCUCUCUGGGGCCAUGAACACGGCCAAGGGCACUGUGCAGACUGGCCUGGACACCAGUAAGACUGUCCUGAUGGGCACCAAGGAUACAGUGACUGCUGGACUUACAGGAGCAAUGGGUAUGGCCAAGGGCACUGUCCAGACUGGCCUGGACACUACAAAGAACGUUCUGAUGGGCACCAAGGACACCGUCAGUAGUGGGGUGACCGGGGCCGUGAAUGUGGCCAAAGGGGCUGUGCAGGGUGGACUGGACACCUCCAAGGCCGUGCUGACGGGCACCAAGGACACAGUGACCGCCGGGCUCUCUGGAGCCAUGAACGUGGCCAAGGGCACUGUGCAGACUGGCCUGGACACCAGUAAGACCAUCUUGACGGGCACCAAGGACACAGUGACCACCGGGCUCUCUGGGGCCAUGAAUGUUGCCAAGGGCACUGUCCAGACUGGCCUGGACACCAGUAAGACUGUCCUGAUGGGCACCAAGGAUACAGUGACUGCUGGACUUACAGGAGCAAUGGGGAUGGCCAAGGGCACUGUCCAGACUGGCCUGGACACCACCAAGACCGUCCUGAUGGGCACCAAGGACACCGUCAGUAGUGGGGUGACCGGGGCCGUGAAUGUGGCCAAAGGGGCUGUGCAGGGUGGACUGGACACCUCCAAGGCCGUGCUGACGGGCACCAAGGACACGGUGACUGCUGGGCUCUCUGGGGCCAUGAAUGUGGCCAAGGGCACUGUCCAGACAGGCCUGGACACCUCCAAGGCCGUGCUGACGGGCACCAAAGAUGUGGUGUCUACUGGGCUGACCGGAGCUCUGGGUGUGGCCAAAGGGGCAGUGCAGACGGGCCUGAAUACCACCCAGAAUAUUGCAACGGGCACCAAAGACACUGUGUGCGGUGGGGUGACCGGGGCUGUGAACUUGGCCAAGGGCACCGUCCAGACUGGCCUGGACACCAGUAAGAAUGUACUUAUGGGCACCAAGAACACAGUGACCGGUGGGCUCACUGGGGCACUAGGUAUGGCCAAGGGCACUGUCCAAACCGGCUUGGACACCAGCAAGACCAUCCUGAUGGGCACCAAGGACACCGUCAGUAGUGGGGUGACCGGGGCUGUGAAUGUGGUCAAAGGGGCUGUAGAGGGCGGACUGGACACCUCCAAGGCCGUGCUGACAGGCACCAAGGACACAGUGACCGCUGGGCUGACCGGAGCUCUGGGUGUGGCCAAAGGGGCGGUGCAGACAGGCCUGAAUACCACCCAGAAUAUCGCAACGGGCACCAAGGACACAGUUUGUGGGGGGGUCACUGGGGCCAUGAAUGUGGCCAAAGGGGCCGUCCAGACUGGCCUGGACACCUCCAAGGCUGUGCUGACGGGCACCAAAGAUGUGGUGUCCACUGGGCUGACUGGAGCUCUGGGUAUGGCCAAAGGGGCAGUGCAGACGGGCCUGAAUACCACCCAGAAUAUCGCAACGGGCACCAAGGACACUGUGUGCAGUGGGGUGACCGGGGCCAUGAACUUGGCCAAGGGCACUAUGCAGACUGGCCUGGACACUACAAAGACUGUCCUGACAGGCACUAAGGACACAGUGACCGCCGGGCUCUCUGGAGCCAUGAACGUGGCUAAGGGCACUGCACAGACCGGCCUGGACACCAGUAAGACCGUUCUGACUGGCACCAAGGAUACAGUGACUGCUGGACUUACAGGGGCAAUGGGUAUGGCCAAAGGCACCGUCCAGACUGGCCUGGACACCACCAAGACCGUUCUGAUGGGCACCAAGGACACCGUCAGUAGUGGGGUGACUGGGGCUUUGAAUGUGGCCAAAGGGGCUGUACAGGGCGGACUAGACACCUCCAAGGCCGUGCUGACGGGCACCAAGGACACAGUGACCGCUGGGCUGACCGGAGCUCUCGGCGUGGCCAAAGGGGCAGUGCAGACGGGCCUGAAUACCACCCAGAAUAUUGCAAUGGGCACCAAGGACACUGUGUGUGGUGGGGUGACUGGGGCCAUGAACAUGGCCAAGGGCACUGUCCAGACUGGCCUGGACACCAGUAAAAAUGUACUGAUGGGCACCAAGGACACAGUGACCACCGGGCUCUCUGGGGCCAUGAAUGUGGCCAAGGGCACCGUCCAGACCGGUCUGGACACCAGUAAGACCAUCCUGACAGGCACGAAGGACACCAUGACCGCUGGGCUGACCGGGGCUCUGGGUGUGGCCAAAGGGGCAGUGCAGAUGGGCCUGAAUACCACCCAGAAUAUCACGACGGGCACCAAGGACACGGUCUGUGGGGGGGUCACUGGGGCCAUGAAUGUGGCCAAAGGGGCCGUCCAGACUGGCCUGGACACAUCCAAGGCCAUGCUGAUGGGCACCAAGAACACAGUCUGUAGUGGGGUGACCGGAGCUGUGAAUGUGGCCACAGGUGUCAUCCACGGAGGCCUAGCUACGUCCAAGGGCAUGUUAGCGGGUGCCCAGGACACAGUGACCACUGGGCUCAUGGGGGCCAUGAACGUGGCCGAGGGUGCAGUGCAGACGGGCCUGAACACGACCCAGAAUAUCGCAACAGGCACCAAGGACACGGUCUGUGAGGGGGUGUCUGGGGCUGCUUCCUUGGCCGCAGGGAUGGUCCACGGUGGCCUGGACACAUCAAAGUCCUUCCUGGCGGGCGCCAGAGAUGCCAUGUCCACCGGGCUCACAGGCGCUGUGCAGAGUGGGCUCAGCUCCCUCCCGAGCUGGUUCCCGGGGUCCCCGUUGGGACCCGCCAGCUGCAGAGUCCCCAACCAAGGAGGCGAGGAGGCCGCUGGGGGCCACCAGGAAGCUGUCCGUGUGGGGGUGGCCUCUGCAGUGUCUGCGGCCCCCACUCCUGCCUGCGAGGACGCCCCGGCCUCCAGCAUGUGCCGGGACCUGCUGGGGGACAUGGGGGAGAUCUUCCACCCCAUGAAUGCCGAGGAGCAAGCCCAGCUAGCUGCCUCCGCGCCGGGGCCCCAAGUGCUCUCAGCUGACCAAGGCAGCUACUUCGUGCGUCUGGGCGACCUGGCGCCCAGCUUCCGCCAGCGGGCCUUUGAGCACGCCCUGUGCCACCUCCAGCACAGCCAGUUCCAAGCCCGGUCAGCGCUGGCGCAGCUUGAGGACUGCUUCGGGCAGGAGCCGGACGCCCGCGCGCUGGCCCGGGCCUGCGGCAGCCUCCAGCAGCUGCAUGUGGCCUACAGCGGCCUGGCCUCGGGCCUCCAGGGGCUGCCUUCCGAGCUGCAGCCGCGGCUGGGCCAGGCGCGCCAGAGCCUGUGUGAGCUCUACGGCCUGGUGUCAGCCACCACGGCGGGCGGGCCUGGCGCUGAGGUGGCCGCCGAGCAGCUGGGCUCGAGCCACGAGCGUAUGCGCCAGGCGUGGCAAGGGCUCGAGCAGCUUCUGGACCACCUGCAGCAGAGCCCCCCGCUCGGAUGGCUGGUGGGACCCUUCGCCCUGCACCCCGCGGGUCGGCAGCAGCUGUAGCCGCCCCCGGUCCCCACGGCCCCGGCCCCGAAGCAGCCCCCGCUCUUCAGGCUCUCUGGAGGGGCUGCUCCCUGCUGGGGUGACGAGGAGCCCCCACGCCCCACCUGCCACCCCUCCCAGCCCCAGCCUAGCAAUCAGGGCGCUUAGGAUCCCGGACAAGAGCCCAUCAUUACUCUGAAAGCAACCCAAGGGGCCGGGCCUUAGAGCAGCGAGGAGGGCGUUUAGCCUGCACACAGCCCACCUGGGUUCAAUUCCUGGCACCCUGGCACCUGGAGAUCCCCUGAGCAUCGCUGGGGGGUGGCAGCCACCCAGACCCCCAAAACCAUUUCCCAUUCAGCUCUGCCUCCUGGGAGCCUUGUCACCCUUAGGGCAGGGGGCUCUUCCGGUCCCACGGUUGGGGGGUCCCUUAGAUAUAGGACCACAGGCCUCCCUUCCCGACUUGGACGUACAACAGCGCAAUCCCCGGGCCGCAGCUGCUAAAGGCACAGUCACGCUGAUGCCUCACAGAGUGCAGAGGCAGGGCAGGGGACGCCCCUCCGCCUGUGCCUGGUGAGUCUCUGGGGCCGGGCCCGUGCUCCCUCCCCAUCUCUGCACUCCUUUCUUUUCAGGAGCCUCCAUUUUUCUAGACCCAACAGGUGGCUGCAGCCAGUUGGAAGCCCUGGGCACCCCCAAGUCUGGAGCUAAUAGCAGGAGAGCUGUGGCAGGAGGUAGGAAGGGGUGCCCUGAGGCAUGACGCCCCCACUGUCCAGAGCAGGGCUUCCUGUCACCUUUGGCUGAGCCCAGAGACGGGUCUUGGGGAGACAGCCAUGCUGCCUGGCCGGAGGACAGGAUGUUGGGGUGUUGGUUUACACCAGGCUCCGACGGCCCUAGACCCUGCCUCCUGGGGUCCCCUUUAGGAGCUCAGUCUGCAGCUGCCACAAAAGAAACUAUCUGACUGGCACCAGCAGGGGCCCUGCCAAGUGGGCAGUUUAGGCAGACAGUGACCAGGGUCCAGCCACAGACAGCGGCUGCGUCAGCUUCCAGGGGGCAGGACCUCAUCCAGCCCCAGAACCCCAGAACCACAAGUGUGGCCCUGAGUCCCUGGGUGUGCUUGCCAGACGCCCACCGAUGCCUGCGCUUAUCCUGCUGGGUCCCACCGCACCCGGGCACCCCUUUGGAAGCCUCACCUCACCCAAACCACACAAGGGUGCCACCCUGCCGUUGCCACCUCUGGGUGGCCGUGAGAGGCCGGUGAAGCUUUGCCUGCACCUCCGUUGAUCCAGGGCUUGGGGCGGGGCGGGGGGCAGCCCUAAGGAGGGGGCCCUGCCAGGUUGCUGAUGGCUCCUCCCGCACUGGGAAACCAAACCAAUAAAGUGAUUUUUUUUUCAU